UUUUUCUCUUUAAAACUCACAGAAAGAUGCAAAUAGUAAAGGGUUCAAGGGGAGAUAGCACUUGGGUAACCAACACCCCAGUAAGGCUGGAGGCUGACUCCCACAAUAAUUAUUCGCUUCGACCAAGGAAAAAAAAGGAGAUAUUUAGCUCGGGAGCAGAUAAAUAUUCUCUUCGUCCAAGGAAAAUAAACCAAAGGUUUAGCAUGGGAGCAGACGAUGAAGAAAAAGACGAAUACGGAGGCUUGAAAUUUAACAAGACACUGGGGAAAAGAGCCGAAACUAAGAAUUACAAGCCAAAAGUAUUGCUUGAAGAUAAUCUUGUUAAGACCUUUAGCCCUGAGACACCGAAAUGUGCUACCGAAAGAGUAAGAGAAGAGUUAUUGGGAGAUGAAGAAACUUUGGAAAGAUCCUGUAAGCGAGCUUUGGGUUUUGAUUCUGGGAAUAUUGAGAAAGAUGAUCUAGUUGCUGAAGCUGUUAAUAGCCCUGUUUAUGCGAUGCAAACUGCUGAUAGUUUCCCAUGCAGUCAAACUUUUUCGGGGGAUCCAAGCUCCUCAAAGAAGCUUGGUCCAUCAUCGGUUCCUUCCAAGAAUUUCCAGGUUUACCAUAGAAGAUAUGAGAAGAAUCAGAGACACAAUAAAUGCAUAAAAGUUCAGCCAUUCUUUCAGGGGCAUAACAAGCCUCUCCAGGUGUACCACAGAAGAUUUAAGAAGAAGAAUCAGAGACAUAACAAGUGCAUAAAAGUUCGCCCAUUCUUUCAAGAAAGCUGGAACAAGAAGCGGAAAUCAUCAAUAUGUACUAUGAAGGGUAUAGAGGACAGCCAAACCAGCCUUUCAAUUCUCAAGAAACCAAAGCUUCAAGUACCUCGCAGUGAAAGUAGAGCGAUAGUGAAACAUAGUAAGAAUUCUCAAAUACAUCACACACAGCAAGAUGCACUUGUCCCAAUCAAUGAAACACCUAGUUACACAGACAAAAUGAUCUUAAGAACAAAAGUAGUCCUUGAUGAGGAGACAAUACGAGAGUGGAAAUUGCUGAUGGAAAAACCGGAAGAUGAAGGCUGUGAAUCAGCCGAAUCUGAUAAGUGUAAUAAAACGUGGGAAACAGAGAGGCAAUUGUUCCGCGGACGGGUGGCAUCAUUUGUUUCUCGCAUGCAUCUUAUCCAAGGUGAUAGACAAUUCUCACAGUGGAAAGGUUCAAUUGUAGAUUCUGUGGCUGGGGUAUUUCUGGCUCAAAAUGUGGCCGACAACUUGUCAAGCUCUGCUUUCAUGUCCCUUGCUGCUGAAUAUCCUUAUAAUUCAACCUCUGCUGAAAAUGUUACAACGAAAGUAGAAAGUGGACUGAUGUCAGAAAAAGCUACUGAAAAUAUUUUAUCAUGUCAAUCCCAUAAUGCAAAAGCAAAGAUCAAGCUGGAGAAAUCAUCAAAAGGAAGUGCUAAUACUUUGAGACAGUGGCUAAACCGGAUAAAAAUAUUGAAUCGGUGGAAGAGGAAAAAAGAGGAGAUAGGAGAUCAACAAGCUGAACCAGUUUUAAGAAGGAAAAAUGAAGACUUGAAAAGUGUAGCCAUUAAAUGGGAUAACAUACUGAAGUCAUCUGCCUUUGUUAAUCCCAAAGAGAGAAGUGAUAACACCUUAGAUACGGUAGAUUGGCAUGCAGUUCGUGCAGCAACAGUGGAUGAGAUAUCGAGAGCUAUCAUGCUGAGGGGAAUGGACAAAAAACUUGCACUAAGAAUUAAGAAUUUUAUCAACCGCCUGAUGCUGGAACAAGGGAAAGUAGACCUAGAAUGGCUACGUGAAGUUCAAUCAGAAAAGGCAAAAGAAUACUUUCUGAGCAUUUAUGGUUUGGGACUGAAAAGUGUAGAAUGCAUAAGAUUGCUCGCUCUCCAGCACCAAGCCUUCCCUGUUGAUACGAAUGUAGGACGAGUACUCGUGCGGCUGGGUUGGGUACCUAUUCAACCACUUCCAAGAGGACAAGAGAUGCAUCUUUUAAAAAUGUACCCGAAUGUGAAAGAUGUUCACAAGUAUCUCUGGCCACGGUUAUGCACACUUGAUUAUUUAACAUUGUAUGAAUUUCAUCAUCAGAUGAUUACCUUCGGAAAGGUAUUCUGUACAAAAUCAAGCCCAAAUUGUAAUGCAUGUCCGAUGAAAGCAGAGUGUAAACACUUUGCAAGUGCUUUUACAAGUGCAAGAGUCUGCCUGCCGGAACCAGGGGAAAGGAGCUUUGAGAAUACAGAUACUGCUUUAGCACCUGUAGAAAGUGUGGCCGACGGUACUUCUGUUCUCAAUCAAACAGCAGUUGUUCCUUUGUUAGGGGAAGCCUCAAGUUCAGAACAUUUGAUUGGAGAUCACGGGAAUGAGCUUAUUACCUAUCCAGCACUUGAAUGUAUUGGAGAAACAGAAAUUGAAGAUCAAUACACCGAUGACAUACCUAGAAUUACAUUUGAUGGCAAGGCAUUCAUGGAAAAUAUAUCACGUUACAUAGAUGAGACUGAUCUCUCGAUAAGGGACACUGAUUUGUCUAAGGCUUUGGUCAUUGCCUCUCAAGAAGCUGCAUCUAUCCCUUUGCCUAAAUGGAAGAAUACAAGUCGGUUAAGGACGGAGCACCAAGUCUAUGAGCUUCCAGAUUCACAUCCACUUUUAGAAGGGCUAGAGAAACGAGAACCAGAAGACCCCUGCCCAUAUCUACUAGCAAUAAGGAUACCAGGAAAUGCCGCUUCUGCAGAACCUCCAAAAGAGAAGUGUGAAUCCUGUAAUUCCAAUGAAACUCUAAACAAAGUCGAGAAGUGUGGAUCCUGCAAUUCCACUGAAACUCAAAACAAGGUCGCUGUGUUAAAUAACGAACCAGGAGACAAUAUCGAGACAGUUCGUGGGACACUUCUGAUUCCGUGUCGAACAGCAAACAGAGGAAGAUUUCCGCUCAACGGGACAUACUUCCAAGUAAAUGAGGUUUUUGCAGAUGAAGAAUCCACUAAAGAGCCAAUUGAUGUUCCGAGGGCAUGGAUAUGGAAUUUGCGGAGAAGGACCCUAUAUUGCGGCACCUCCAUUAGAGCAAUAUUUAGAGGGAUGUCAACAGAACAAGUACAAAAUUGCUUUUGGAGAGGAUAUGUAUGUCUGAGAGGAUUUAACCGAAAAACACGAAAACCUGGACCUCUUCCCCUUGACCUUCAUCGUCCAAUAAGCAAAGCAGGAAAAUUGAAGGGUGAAGGAAAAAGGUCUUCAGGAGAAUAAAAUUGUGUGACAACACCAUCUUAUUAAACAUUGUGCUUUUGUCUAGACUGUUGGAACAAACCAUUCUUUGAAAAUAUGAUCACCACGUUUUUUGUUUCAAAUCCAUCUUUCAGAUAUAACAACAAUGGAUUGGACAAUGAUGUAUGAAUGAUAUGUUUACAGUAAUGCCCCCUACCCAGAGUCCUAUCUUUACCCAACAUUUGACCACAAUACCAAAUCCAUCUUGUUUCC